AUGCGCCAACAACCCGGCAACGUAAAUUCCAUCUCCCACUCUUACCCCUGCCGCAAACCUCGCAACGACCACGGUUCCUGCGUCGAUCACAGCGGCCAGUGCCGCCAGCACUACAUCUCGCAUCCCCCACCCCCCGAGGUGACGAAAUACGACGUCCCAUCAUCUGCUGUCAUGAUCACCAGCACUCCCACCUCCAGUGGUGUGGACUCGAUCCAAAUGUCUCCUCAUUGCGAUCACACAUUCACCUCGCACAUCAGCCUGAUCGGUCAACUGCGAAUCCGUCGCACGGAGACUGGUGAACCAGUGCCUGGAGCACCAACAUACCCCAGACGCAUUCACCUCACCUUUCCGCACUGUCCUUGCACAUCCAGCUACCGUACAAGCCUACUAGGCUACAUGCACAUCUGUGGAAACCUGGGUUAG